UGUGCUCACACAGGAGGGGCCAGACACUUCACCACUCUCAUCUGAAUGCUCCGAGCCUCUGAUGGAAAGCUUGGAAGUAGCCGAAAUGUAUCUAUGGGGAAAAACAGAUGGAUUGUGGAUGUUCUGAAGUCGUUCUCCUCUAUAUGGGGUGUAUGAUAUUCCUCUAUAAUCAGAAUGUGGAAUGAGCUCACUGCAGACUGUCCAGACGAACAGAGCUCACUUGGUCUCUACGUUGGCUGGAGGAUUAGUGGAGAAAUAUGAAUGUUUGCUUGACCACCUUCUUUCUCAAAAUGUCCUUAACUGGGAAGACUAUGAAGGAUUGAGUCUUGUGGGUCAACCUUUGUCCACUCUGGCUAGGAACCUCUUGGACACUGUCACCUGCAAAGGUGAAACUGCUUGUAAACUGUUUUUGGAUGUUCUACAUGACGUUGAGGAUUCUGCUCAUGAAGGUCACCUCUGUCUACAGCCUCCAGAAGACCUCUCUCAACCUUCUCAGUAUCUACAAAGGGAACGACCAAGAAUUGUCCAGUUGACCCAUAACUACAUAAAUGCUGUUUUGCAACAACUUUUGGAGCAUCACUGUAUCACACAGAUUGAAAUUGAGCAUAUACAGCUGCCUAUAUACUCAACAUCACAAAAGGCAAGAAGACUUCUUGAUCUCCUCAGAUUGAAGGGAAAUGAACCUGCAAGAUGCUUCAUAGAAUUCAUUUAUAACUUAGGCCAUGGGCUAGUAGCACAAGUCACAGAUGUUUGCUUAGGAUACCAGACUAAAUUGAAGACCACAAUAUCUGCCCAGUCGAAGUUCCUUAGCACUUAUGAUGGGUCAGAGAACAUGCGUUUGGAGGACAUUUACACACCAAGUAUUCUGGAGAUACCGACACAUUCAAACAACUCUGACAAUAUACCAGGAUCCCAAAACCAGGAUCUCCUGAGUAUAUUUAAUGCCCAAGGACUGAUUAAUGACCAUGCCGAUACAGUUCUCAUCCUCGGAGAUGCUGGGAGUGGUAAAAGUACAUUGCUUCAACAAAUCCAACAUCUUUGGGCCAAUAAGCAGGAAUUCCAUAACUUCAGCUUUGUUUUCCCAUUCAGUUGCAGAAGGUUGUGUUGUAUUACCAAGCCAAUAUCUUUAAUUACACUUCUGUUUGAGCAGUGCUGCUGGCCACCAGAUCAACUCCAGGAUCAAAUAUUCCAGUACAUUCUUGACCAUCCAAAGCAAGUCCUUAUCACAUUCGAUGGUUUCGAUGAGUUCAGGUUUGCUUUCACAGAUGACAGUAAACAUUGCUCUCCUACUGAACCGACAAGUAUAGCAGGUCUGGUUUUCAACCUCAUCCAAGGAAAUCUGAUGAAAGAUUGUAUAAAAGUGCUCACCAGCAGACCCGAUGCUGUGAACGCAAGUCUAAGGAAAUACGUAAGGAAAGAAAUGCAUUUAAAAGGUUUUUCUGAAGAAGGUAUUCAGUUUUUUAUGAAGAAGCACCACAGCAACCCAGACACGGCAAGAGACAUUAUCAGCUUGGUGAAAGCCAAUUCUUCUCUGCUUGGACUUUGCAAUAUUCCUGUCUUCUGCUGGAUUGUCUCAAAGUGCCAUAAGCAACUGAUCGCUUGCGGUGGCCAAACACCGCAGACCAUGACUGAUAUGUAUGUUCUCACGCUUAAACAUUUCCUCCUCCAUUCAUCAACAAAGAUGAAGGUAAGAGAGAAUGUCCUCUCUGAAAAUGUUCAUUCGAUCAGACACCUUGGGAAACUGGCCCUUAAUGGUCUCUGUCAAGGACUCUAUGUAUUUUCUUACCAUGAAAUUGCUAAGGAAGAGGUUGCUGAGGAGGACUUAUCCUUAGGGUUUCUUGUUCUUUCAAGGAACUUUUCUGAUGAAAAGCAGGCUUCACUCCAAUAUUAUGAAUUCAUUCACAUUACGUUUCAGUGUUUUUUUGCAGCAUUGUAUAUGAUCAUGAACGAUGACGUGGGCUCGUCUUUACUCCACAAGCUGUUCAAGUGGAAGAGGAAACCGACGAGUGAAUCUUGUGGAAGGGUGCACAGAAUUUCUCACCUGUGUCUACAGCCGAUCCUACAUAGACAAAUUAAACCUUUGCUCCACAAAAUAGAGAUUAGGAACAUGCAGAUUACAGCAACGUUUGUGGCAGGUCUGUUCUCCGAUGCGCUUUACAACAAUCUGGUUGCUUCAUGGCAGCCAAUAAAACUUCCAAAGAAACGUAAAAAAAUUAAAAGAUGUUUGACCAAAGGUAUCCAGAAGCACUUUCGUUCCAUACCACCUGCUUUGAAGGAUGAGAAGAAAAGCAUGCAUACUAUGCCAGAAUUCGUCUGGCUCAUAAAGUGUAUAUAUGAAUUACAAGAUGUCACAUUAUCUCAGAAGGCCGUGCAAGGUCUAGAUGUUGAUCACUUGAAGAUGACCUACUGUGGGAUCGGUCCAGCAGAAUGCACAGCAUUGGCUUAUGUCCUGACGCAUUUAAAGAAGCCAGUUGGCAUACAGCUGGAUCACAAUUCUGUUGGUGACAUUGGAAUUGAGCAGUUGAUGCCUUGCCUUCACAAGUGCCAGGCUUUAUAUUUGAGAGACAACAACAUUACUGACAGUGGGCUCUGCAGACUGAUGGAGCAUGCACUACAUUGGCCAGACUUCCAGAAGAUUGCGUUAUUCAACAACAGACUGACGGAUGAAUCCAUGAAUUCCAUCGCUCAUGUGUUAAAACACAAGCAAAACUUUCUGGCCUUAAGGCUUGGAAAUAACUAUAUUACCAAUGUUGGUGGACAGAUACUAGCAGACGGGCUAAGUGAAAACAAAUCAAUAAACUAUCUGGGACUCUGGGGGAAUCAGGUUGGCGAUAUUGGGGCAAAAGCUAUCGCUGAUGCCCUACAGGAUAACAAAUCUGUGGUAUGGCUCAGCUUGGUGGGCAACAACAUAGGAAGCGUGGGAGGAGAGGCCCUGGCUGGCAUGCUGGAGAGGAACACCGUACUGGAGGAACUCUGGCUUGAUGAAAAUGUAUUUCAGGAUAGUGAUGCCAUUUUAAUUGCAGAGAGUCUCAAGAAAAACCACGCCUUGAAGAUAUUGAAACUUUCUAACAAUGAUUUCAGUAAAACUGGAGUUUCUGCCCUAGCUGAGGCCCUGAAGACCAACAACGUUAUUACGGCCAUCUGGCUCAAAGGAACCAAGCUCACCGCAGAAGAAAAGGAAACAUUUGGACAGUUCGAUCGACUAUUUGUUAAAGGAUGAUCUAAAACCCGAUUAUCUAAAACCCGAUCCAUUUUCGCUGACCCAGAACAUGUAGAACAGAGAAGACGCACAGGUGGCUGCUUUGCCUCUCGUCCAUUCUUUACCCUGCAGCUCAACCACAGUCGCAACCAGGAUCUGAGGAAAUGAGGAGCUGAUUCCGAUUACACCAAGAAUACAAUAAAAGCAGCUCUACUGCAAAUUACUUUGGGUUCUGUGAUGAAAUUCUUGGGAUAAACCUCUUGGUUGUUACAGAAGAGACCUGGAG